UGCCAAAUCGCUUCGCAGAUCUUCCAGUCUCCAAGUGGCCGUUCGCCCGUUCGUCCACUUUUGUCCCUGUUUUCAUUUCAUAUGACUUCACAACUAAGACGUGGGUAUAGCCAUUAUUCCAAUAGUUUCCAUUUAAAUGAGAGAUGUAUUUAAAAAAAGUGAACCUAUUCAGUGGUCGAAAUGCGUAUGAUCAUUUGGGGUUUUCUAAAGCGGUCUGGAGGGCCGUGACGUAGUUCAUCUGUUUAUGGGGUCUGUUUCUGUUCUGUUUCUGUUGUGAUGAAAAUGGAUGAAAAUGGCGAGCAAAAGGCCCGCUCUCUCCGCUCCUGAACAUUUAUCCUGCCAGUCAGAUCCUUUACGAGAACUUUUCGAAGCGUGCAAAACGGGCGAUAUCGUAAAGGUGAAAAAGCUAGUGUCACCACAAACUGUGAACGCCCGUGAUACUGCUGGGAGGAAGUCCACCCCCCUACACUUCGCAGCUGGAUAUGGACGGAGAGACGUUGUAGAACUAUUAUUAGCUUCUGGAGCAUCCAUUCAAGCCAGGGACGAUGGCGGCCUACACCCUCUACACAAUGCCUGCUCGUUUGGUCAUGCUGACGUUGUUAGAUUAUUACUAGAAGCUGGGGCUAAUCCAAACACUAGAGACAACUGGAACUAUACCCCACUACAUGAGGCUGCCAUCAAAGGAAAAGUCGACGUUUGCAUUGCAUUACUUCAGCAUGGAGCAGAUGCAAGCAUACGCAACACUGAAGGAAAAACUGCUGUAGAACUAGCUGAUGCUGCCACCAGGCCUGUACUAACAGGAGAUUAUCGAAAAGAGGAGCUUUUGGAAGCUGCAAGAUCAGGAGCUGAAGACAGACUAUUAGGGCUUCUGAAUCCUCUGAAUGUAAAUUGUCAUGCAAGCGAUGGAAGACGUUCAACACCCCUACACUUGGCUGCAGGCUACAAUAGGAGUCGAGUUGUCCAACUUCUCCUCCAGCGUGGAGCUGAUGUCCAUGCUAAAGACAAAGGAGGUCUUGUACCAUUACACAAUGCUUGUUCCUAUGGACACUUUGAGGUAACUGAAAUGCUACUCAAGCAUGGUGCACUUGUGAAUGCCAUGGAUUUAUGGCAGUUCACCCCACUCCAUGAGGCUGCAUCAAAAUCUCGAGCUGAAGUUUGCUCCUUACUGUUGAGUCAUGGAGCUGAUCCAACCCUUCUUAACUGUCAUUCAAAAUCAGCCCUUGAUGUUGCACCAACUAGGGAACUUCAGGACCGUUUAGCCUAUGAAUUCAAAGGACAUUGUUUGAUGGAGGCAGCUAGGCAAGCUGACCCAGCCAGGGUUAAGAAAUAUUUGACUGCAGAAUUAGUUAAUUUUAAGCAUCCAUAUACAGGUGACACUCCCCUGCAUGCUGUGGUUUCUUCCUCGUCUCCCAAACGGAAACAAGUCAUUGAUAUGCUUGUGCGCAAAGGAGCUCAUCUCAAUGAAAAGAACAAAGGCUUCCUUACUCCUCUCCAUUUGGCUGCAGACAAUUCUCAUUUUGAUGUUAUGGAUGCGCUGCUGCGCCACGGUGCAAAGGUUAAUUCUUUAGAUGCACUUGGACAAACAGCUUUACAUCGUGCUGCCCAUGAAGAUAAUGUACAGGCUUGUCGUAUCUUACUUUCUUACAAUGUUGAUCCCAACAUUGUAUCUCUUCAAGGAUACACUGCUUCUCAGGUGGCAACUGAAAAUGUUAAUAAAAUUCUACAGACAACAAAACCUACUGAGCCGGUCACAAGUUGUGUUGAUGUUGAAAGCCAAAUGCUAGAAGCUGCCAAAGCAGGGGACUCGGAGCAAGUGCAGAGGCUCCUUACUGCUUGCCCACAAAUUGUUAACUGUAGAGAUCUAGAUGGACGGCAUUCAACCCCACUUCACUUUGCUGCUGGUUACAAUAGAGUAGCAGUUGUGGAGUUCUUACUUGCUCAGGGAGCUGAUGUGCAUGCAAAAGAUAAGGGAGGUUUGGUGCCAUUGCACAAUGCAUGUUCUUAUGGUCAUUAUGAGGUGACAGAGCUUUUAGUGAAGCAUGGUGCAAGUGUAAAUGUCGCUGAUCUCUGGAAAUUCACUCCUCUUCAUGAAGCAGCAGCCAAAGGAAAAUAUGAAAUUGUGCGCCUUCUCCUUAAGCAUGGUGCUGAUGUAACAAAGAAAAAUCGUGAUGGUGCAACUCCAUUGGACCUAGUUCGGGAAGGAGAUCAAGAUGUUGCUGAUCUCUUACGUGGGAAUGCAGCUCUUCUCGAUGCAGCCAAAAAGGGCAAUCUGGCCCGUGUUCAACGGCUUGUCACUCCAGACAAUAUCAACUGUAGAGAUGUACAAGGUCGGAACUCAACCCCACUUCAUCUUGCAGCGGGGUACAACAAUCUAGAAGUGGCAGAGUUUCUGUUGGAACACGGUGCUGAUGUGAAUGCACAAGACAAGGGUGGUCUCAUCCCUUUGCACAAUGCCUCUUCCUAUGGCCACCUGGACAUUGCCGCUCUUCUCAUCAAGUAUUCGACUGUGGUGAACGCCACAGACAAGUGGGGCUUUACCCCCCUGCACGAGGCGGCUCAGAAGGGCCGUACACAGCUCUGUGCGCUACUGCUGGCCCACGGCGCGGACCCGUUCCUCAAGAACCAGGAGGGCCAGUCCCCCGCCGACCUGGCCACCGCGGACGACGUCAAGUGCCUGCUCCAGGACGCGAUGGCCUCCCAGCAGGGGGUGGCGACCUCCCCCGCCGUUCGGCUGCCGGGCGGCCCCGCCACCACCCCGGUGCCCACGCCGUCGUCGCCGCCGUCCCCCAGCGCGUCCGGGGCGGGUGCGGGCGCGGCCGCCGACCUGGUGGUCAUGCCCUCGGGCACGGCCGUGCCGCUGCCCGUCCCCGUGGUGCGCACGAGCGGCCGGGCCUCGCCCAUGCCCGCCGGCGACGGCUGCUGCUCGCUGCCCGACUGCCAAAAGUCGGAGGGCAACUCCGGGGAGGCUGUCUCCUGCAAUAUCACGAGCGUCGCGGGCUUCCUCAACAGCCUGGGCUUGGAGCACCUGUUGGAAUUGUUUGAAAGAGAACAGAUUACGCUUGAUAUUCUCGGCGAAAUGGGACACGAGGAUUUGAAGCAGAUUGGAAUCAGUGCAUAUGGAUAUAGGCACAAACUUCUGAAAGGCAUUGAGAAACUCUACACUAGCAAUGGCACUCCAAGUCUUGCACCAGUCCCUCCUGGCACAUUACUUGUUGACUUGCUGAAUGACGAUAAAGAGUUCAUUGCUGUGGAUGAAGAGAUGCAAAGCACAGUUAGAGAACAUCGGGAUAAUGGCCACGCUGGGGGAAUAUUUUCAAGAUACAACAUAAUAAGGAUUCAGAAGGUCCAAAAUAGGAAACUUUGGGAACGUUAUUCUCAUAGACGCCAAGAAGUUAGUGAAGAAAAUGGGAACCAGGCAAAUGAAAGAAUGCUCUUCCAUGGCUCCCCCUUUAUGAAUGCCAUUGUGCAAAAGGGAUUUGAUGAGCGGCAUGCUUAUAUUGGUGGCAUGUUUGGAGCAGGCAUCUACUUUGCUGAACACUCUUCUAAAAGUAACCAGUAUGUGUAUGGGUUCGGUGGAGGGACAGGCUGUCCCUCUCAUAGAGAUAGAUCUUGCUAUAUAUGCCACAGGCAAUUGCUCCUGUGUCGAGUUACUUUGGGGAAAUCCUUCUUACAAUUCAGUGCAAUGAAAAUGGCCCAUGCACCCCCUGGACAUCACUCGGUUUUAGGAAGGCCUAGUGCUGGAGGCCUGAACUUCCCUGAAUAUGUCAUCUAUCGCGGUGAACAAGCAUAUCCAGAAUACCUCAUUACAUACCAAAUUUUAAAACCAGAAUCUGUUAAUGAUGACUCUGAAACCAGAUGAGGAAUUUCCCCUUGUUUUUAAAUAGCACAAUUGAAUUAUUAAUUUAUCUGUAGGAAGCCUCUACCACUGCCACCAUUAAAAGAAAAAAAAAUCACAUAGGGAUGUAAUGGUUUACAAUAUGUUGGUACAUUGUUGUGGUUUCCACAUCAAUCAUUAGGAAGUGAGUGUUUGAGACAAUACUGUCGAAAAUAUUGUGUUUUGUGGUGUUAGUUUUGUGUUGAAGUGCUGUACUGUCAUAAAUGAAACAUUUUCAUUCUACUAAAAUUUCUCCAAUAUCUCAAUCUCUCAUGUAGGUUAUUUGAAUGAUGUUCGAGCCAUGUGUUUCCACUCUUGUGUUGUCAGAUACAAUAAUCAUGGAGCUGCUUCAGUUAAGUUAUGUUACCACAGAUCUGCACAGCUUGGUCAUGAAAAUCAGGCUGACCCUUUGGUAGUGGUGCACAAUUUCCUGUGAGCCUUAAAAUUAAAAAGUUAGGCCUCCUUUUGGGGAUAGACAGGAUUAGUGUGCAGGGUUUCAGAAUUUUUGAAACCUGCAAGUGCAUUGCUAACCUCCUUACAUGACUCAUAUCCUUCAAGUAGAACUGUUAAGAGUCACUCCUGUACAGGUACUUUCUUUUAUAAAAACAAUGACUCCUAGGACAGUGUGGGUUUUCACAAUUUUUGAAUUCUUAGUCAUAUCAUUACACCCAAUGAAACAUACGGUAAUUGUGUCAUGGGUGGAAUUCAUAACUGGGAUCUGUGCUAUUUUAUACAUGUAGUUACCACUUUGACCGAGAAUGUCGGGUGAAAGUUAUCUCGUUGUGGUUUCAGGUGCACAUGUAAAAAUUCAUAUUUUAUCUCAUUUUUGGUUGUGAUCAUUCUUAUUUCAAUUUUACGUUAAACUUUUAAAUGUGACUUUGACAGGUUUUGUUUACUUGUGUGGUCUCUUGUGAUGUAUUAAUAUUUUAGAGCAACAUUGCUUUAUCUUGUGAACAGUUUCAUUACUCUAAUACAUAUGUAAGAUUUUCAUGAAUGUAAUUGCUGCUACUUUCAUGGCCUUCCACUAAGAUCAGCACUUGUCUUUGGUGCCUGCAGGAUUGGCCUCCUGGCACAUCCAGAAGUGUAUAUUUUUUUUAACCUUGUUUUACACAUACCAAUUUGAUUUUUAGUUUUGAUUUGAAAAUUUUACAGCAAGUUCAGAACCAGUAGUUCAGUUUUUGACCUAAAUAUCCACUUUUUUCUUUUAAGAAAUUUGUCAGCAUUUUAUGCAGGAAUAAAUUGUCUGCCUUAUUAUCUGUGACAAGCAGUACCUGAAAACUAUCUCUUUUGAAACUUAAAUAAUUGCCCCUGUACAUAUAUUUUUCUUUCCUCUUUUGCUGUAAGAUACAUAUGUGAAGAAAUUUAAGAUAUGUGUUUCAAAUUCUCUUUGUGUGAUAUUGUGUAGCUGUCUGGCUACAUUUCAGUUUUAUCAAAUAUAGUAAUGAUCUAAUUCAAUAUUAAGUCUGUGAUUCUUACAAAAUGGGUCCUUUUUCAAUCAAUUUUUCUGUAUAAAUUUGAUGUUUGUUUGCUGGUGUGAUUUUGAUAUUUUUGUUUUAAUUUUUACUUAUUCCAUACUUACAAAGCAUUUUUUUAUCCCCCCCCCCUCUUUAAAAAAUAGAAAUAAAAUCUGUCACUUAACAGUUGUGUGUUUGAAAGGACUCUGAGCGAAAUAAUAAUAAAUUAGCAACUUUAUCAAAGUGA